AAGAGCUAUUUCCGUGGAAAGGAAACAGCCCAGUCAUUUCUCAGCGUUGCCGGUCGCGAAAAACACUCGAGCGUGCAUAUUGAAUAACUUGACUGACAACUCCAUAAAUAUAAGACACGAUGGCUGACCCGAGAAUAAGGCAAAUCAAAAUCAAGACUGGAGUCGUGAAAAGACUGACAAAAGAGAAGUCGAUGUACGAGAAGGAGGUGGAGACGCAGGAAGCUCGGGUCAACAAGAUGAAGGCCGAAGGGGUCGAUGAGCAUGAUGUCCGGAAACAGAUGGAGGUGCUGCAGGAGUCCCGCGUGAUGAUCCCGGACACCAAGAAGAGGCUGAGGACGGCGUACGAUGAGCUGGAACAGACACUGCAAAGAGAAAGUGAUCUGUCAGGAGCAGAGGAAUUCGGCCAAGCCAAGGAGAUCCUGGAGGCAGCACAGACAGCUCUAGCAUAGUGUUGUCCUUCAACUGUCUAUGAUGAAGCAGAAACUUUACUUUACCAAUGCAUGCUAUCCUGUGUAUGAGUAAAUGGCAGACCCUGUCUGUCAAGGGGCUGCAUUAAUACUGAUACACAUGUAACGUCUCCAUUUUGUCGGGCUCACGGAUACUGUAAUUACAUUUGGCAUUUGGUGUAUAUGAAGCUCAUUCUUAGCUUUGAAAAUCUGAAUUAUUAUUGUGAUCAUUAUUUUAUUCAGGGGAGAAAACUCUUCAGAGCAUGAUUUCAUCACUUUGUUGACAUUCAGUGUUUAGAGUGAUUGAUGCACUGUGGUUCCUCUCCUCAUAUUUUGCAUAUCCAAGAAAUAUUUUUAAACAUAAGGAUUUUCAAAUUUUAGCAUAAGCUGUUGAAAACAAAAUCCGAAAAUUCAAAUCCAAAUUAGAAACAAUUUUAAUGUACAUGAUGUAUGACUAAUGUAAUGUUCAUCAAUACACAGUAGGAAACAAACAAGAUAGCACCCUUUCUAUUUGAGGAAUUAUAUUCCCCUAAGCACCGACCUUUCAAGAUAUCUAUUGUUUUCUUUUGAUUUGUGCUAAUUACUGCUGGUUUAGUACAUGCUGAAACUGGUAGGCCAUCCUGGUCUCUUUCUCAACAGGGGGCACAGGUGGCCCAGUCGUCUAAGGCGCUGUGAUUCGCUGUGCAAGGAGUUGCGCCCCUUGGGCACGCCAGAAACCUAUGAUUGUGAGUUCGAAUCCCGGUUCGCCCCGAUUAUGUUUC